AUGGCUUACCAACUCUCUAUGCCUUGGAGAGUGUAUAAGUUCAAAGCUCAAGGAAUAAUUGAUGAGGACAUCAACCAGUCAAGUGCACCAGCUGAACCGGAUGGAGUGGAGAUCAUUCCUCAAGUUCNCAGUGGUCCUUUGACACGCCAGAGGGCUAGGGCAAUUGGUNAUAAGUUCAGCCAAUUAGUGGAGCAUGUGUUUGAUCAAGAACCGGAAGGCUUGUCCAUAAACCGUGAAAACAAAGGAGAGGAGCCACUUGCAGACGAGCCUUGUAAGCUUCUCAACAUUAAGACAUCAACUUCUGGUGUCUUUACUAUCACCUUAGAGUAA